AUGACGACGCUCACCUACAAAGACGCGCUCAACGAGCUUGACGACCGACGCAUCAAGUCGAUCAAGCCGCUCAUCCCCCCGCAGAUCCUCGUCGAAGAGUACCCACUCAGCCUGCAGGCGGCACAGACCGUCGCCUACGGCCGUAAGGCCACCGAGGAAAUCGUCAAGCAGGAGGACGACCGUAUGCUCGUCGUUGUCGGCCCCUGCUCGAUCCACGAUGUUCGUUCCGGACUCGAGUACGCACGCAAGCUCGCCGAGUACGCCGAAUCCGCCAAGGAGGAUCUCCACAUCGUGAUGCGCGUCUACUUCGAAAAGCCACGCACCACUGUCGGCUGGAAGGGUCUCAUCAACGACCCGAAUCUCAACGGCAGUUUCCAGAUCAACAAAGGCUUGAGGCUGGCCCGUGGUUUCUUGCUGGAGGUGAACAACCUCGGGUUGCCCGCAGGUACCGAGUUCUUGGAUACCAUCUCGCCACAGUACACCGCCGACCUCAUCUCGUGGGGCGCGAUCGGCGCGCGAACCACCGAGUCGCAGGUCCACAGAGAGUUGAGCUCCGGUCUCUCGAUGCCGAUCGGAUUCAAGAACGGCACGGACGGAAGCAUCUCGAUCGCUGUCGACGCUAUCAAGGCGGCGAGCUCUGAACACGUUUUCCUCUCGGUCACCAAGCAGGGCAUUUCCGCCAUCGUGGAGACCAACGGCAACGACGCAUGCCACGUCAUCCUCCGCGGCGCCAACACGGGUCCCAACUACUCGCCGGAACACGUUGCUGCCGUCUCGUCCAAACUCACCGCGGCCAACUUGCCCGCCCGCAUCAUGAUCGACUGCUCGCACGGCAACAGCGAGAAGAAGCACGAGAACCAGAUCAACGUCGUCCGUUCCAUCGCCUCGCAACUUGCCGCUGCAGACGAAAACGCCUGCAACAUUUUCGGUGUCAUGAUCGAAAGCAACCUCGUCGAGGGCAAGCAGAGCAUCCCGGCCCAGGGACCCACCGCGUUGAAGUACGGCCAGAGCAUCACCGACGCCUGCGUCAACUGGGACACCACCGUACAGGCGCUCGAUACGUUGAGAGAGGGCGUGAGGAAGAGGAGGGAGAGCCCCGAGGCCAAGCGCUGGUUCAAGGCGAGACUGAGCAGGUCCAGCAGCACUGAAGGUGUCAACGACCACUUCUUGCGCAAGCAGGCCGAGGGUCAGCGUGGCUUCAACGACGACGCUCUGGCUACGUUGGGCAAGAAGUAA